AUGGCCGACGAUAACCAAUUUUUCGAUGCCUCGUCAAAUUCGUCUCUACAUCAGAAUAUCUCUUCUAAUUCUCGCUCCAAUAUCCCACGCCGUUCGCUCUUCAACUCCUCGCCUAACCAUUUCGUUCCCACUCCGUCUACCCCCACUCCUGCCCCCGCUCUUCUCACCUUGGACUCGUCGCGCGCUAUCGCACGCGACUCAAGCACAAGUCUGGAUUCUCCAUCAUCUCCAGAGGACCAUGUCCGUGCUACUAUCAACCGCCGGAGAAUACCUCGUGUCGAGAAAGACGUCGAUGAUCCCAGCGACCCGGUUUCGUCAAGCCGCUACUCGGUCAACAGGCAGCAGAGCACUACCCUCACCACUCUUAGUCGUCUGUUCGCUGUCCAGUCGGUAACUUCUCCUCCUGACUAUCGUCCCUUGUCCGACUCUCAACUUCCAAAUGGUCAACCUAUUCCAUCUGUCGCUGCUCGUGACACUGCGCUUUUACCUGCUCAUCUCUACAAUCGAGGUCUUUUGAGUGGUCGACACUCUGACAUUACUGUUCAUGUUUUUGGCUACCCUUAUAAGCUUCACCGCCUCAUUCUCGAUCAAGCUACUUUCUUCGCUUCUGCUCUAUCUGGUCCAUGGCUCGAAAGCAAGGCAAGCGACAUCACCCUACAUCCAGAGGAUAUCGACACCAACAUCACUCAAGUCUCGUUCGAGCUGGCCUUGAAACGUCUAUAUGGUGCUGCUGUACCCGAGGAAGAAGAUGCUGAAGCAGUAAGCUUGUUUGCUACCGCAUGUUGGUUGGAGAUGCCUGAUCUUAUCGACUCCAGUAUUGAGUCUAUGCUACGACAGAUGUCGACUGCUACCCUGGCGCCUCUAAUCAAACUUGUCACAAGCAACUACUACGGCCGGUCUGGAGACAAGAUUCUUGCGUCGGCCAAGGCUAUGUUGUGUCGUGAUGGUUGGAAGAUGUCGACCAAGUUUUGGGACGGCAUUCCUGGCGACAUCAUUCGCGAGAUUGUCGGUGGUGAUGGCUUUUUCAUCAAUGGUGAAUGGGACAGAUGGGUCCUUGCCAAGCGUCUUCUGGAUCGCCAUCUCAAAACACUUGCUGUUGAGGCCGGACUGGUUGAUCCCGUCUCUUGGUCGAAAGUACGAAAGGCUCCCGAAACUGCCAAUCUCAUGGCCGUGCGAUUUGACUCAGUCUAUCGCAAAAACGCUAUGGCUGCCGGUGCAGCUCCAGAUGGUUUGCACAGAUGGAUCAGCCUCUACACUCAUCCAGAUAUCGAGCCUUUACUGGUUCUGCUGGAUGAGGGCAUACACUACAUCCACCUCGACUUCGAGCAACUGCAGUACAUCCGUCGGGCUCGCGACAUACUUGGUCUUCCCAUGAUGCCCGACAAGGUGAUAUCGAAUGCGCUCUGGAUGCAGAUGGAAUUACGUCAGAAAGUCCUGAACGCCAAGGAUGGUGAGAUGGAGCUUGGAUUGAGCGAAGGAGCCUCUGAUGAGUUUGACGACUUUGACGACGAGGACAUUGCUUCAAAUUCUUGGGAUGGCAACGGCAAGCCUCGCAAGUUCUGGAUUCCAUCAGCAGACUGUAACAUUGUCAUGGGAGGAGCGACUGAUCCUGCAAUGAUGUCUGCCGCAAACACACAGUCCAAUCGUCUCUCUGCUACUAUCCAGCCGGAAGAUGUGCAGUGGGCUUCUGACUUUGCUGCAAACCCAUCAGACACUCGAUCAAUCCCUCAAAUCAUUCGACCCGACUCUGCUGCUGAUUCGACCACAUCCGAGUUGCGUCCCGUCAGCUAUUCUCAUUUUCCGCCAUUCAGAUUCGCUGUCGAGUUUCCGAGUCCUCGACUGCUCAAAGAGAAGAAGCGCGUGUACAGUCGUACUAUCUUCUACUCGGGCUCUUGGUGGAACCUGUACAUUCAGAAGGUCCGGAGGGGUAAGAACCCUCAGCUUGGAGUAUACCUUCAUCGUGCCAAAGAGCGAGAGACGGAUGAGACACUGGCGGCUGGUGGACAGACGGUGCCGAACACUCGCGUUGAUGAGAGGAUCGGACAUCUUGAACGCGAAAUGAUUCUGCGCGCUGAUCGCAGAGCUGAAGAACGAAGGCGUUUACUAGCCCGCAGACGUAGUGGUGAUAUUGCAGAUCCAGACAAUGCCGAUAGCAGUGGCGAUACUGAUCCGGAUGGAGGACCUGCCGGUGCUGAAACGAACCCAAGAUCUCGAGGUCUCGGUGGAUACCGUAAGAGCAGUGAGUUGGAUGUCUUGUCCAACUUUCCAACCAAACCUGCAUAUUACGACGAACAAGACUCGGACUUUGAAGACGAAGAUCCUGAAAUUGCAAAGCUCACACGCAGCGUUCGCGUGUCGACUCUACCACCAUAUGUCGACAGUCGACCAACAAUCAAGACAUAUUUCAAGAUAUAUUCACCCAGCAAAGGUGGACGUAUGUUGAGUGUUUACGAGAGCGCACCAGACACAUUCAACUUUAGCCAGAGUUGGGGAUGGAAGAGCAGUACAUUGAUGCUUGAUGAUGGUAUGCUCGGUGAUGAGAUUAACCCUGAAGCAGAGAUUCCUGUGAGGGAUGCGAACAAGUUACGAUUUAUGAUUGUCAUUGGCAAUGUUUGA